GGUCAAAGAUUAGGAGUUUAGAACGAAGGCGCCAUUUUCGCCUGGUCGUUACGAACCUGCAGGAAAAUGAAGUUGUGUGUGUUACUCUGGGUUGUCGGGUUAACAGCAGCAGCAGUGGUUCCAGAUAACAAAAGAAGUGACACUGAUUACCUGAAUGAGUUCGCUCAACAGCUGGCUCUGCUUGGUGAACACUUCGCGGAAACCGCUGCACAUGCUGCACAGAUCGCUCUUCAAAACCUAGUACCGUCACCAUCUCCAAAGAGAAGUGACACCGACUUUCUUAACCAAUUCGCACAACAGUUGGCUCUACUUGGUGAACACUUUGUGGAAACCGCGGCUCACGUCGCUGAAACAGCUCUUCAUAAUGUAGUACCAACAACAUCCCCAAAGAGGAGUGACACCGACUUUCUUAACCAAUUCGCACAACAGCUGGCUCUGCUUGGUGAACACUUCGUGGAAACCGCGGCACAUGUGGCUGUAACGGCCCUGCAUAAUGCAGUACCAUCAGCAUCCCCGAAGAGGAGUGACACCGACUUUCUUAACCAAUUCGCACAACAGCUGGCUCUGCUUGGUGAACACUUCGUGGAAACCGCGGCACAUGUCGCUGCAACGGCCCUGCAUAAUGUAGUACCAUCAGCAUCUCCAAAGAGGAGUGACACCGAUUACCUGAAUGAGUUUGCUCAACAGCUGGCUCUGCUUGGGGAACACUUCGCAGAAACCGCAGCUCAUGCUGCCCAGAUCGCUCUACAAAACCUAGUACCGUCAACAACCCCAGUGACGAAUUAAAUUGCUUUUCAUUAAAAGUACUUCUUAAAACGA